GUGAACUAGUAGUACAAUAAUUAACAUGUCUCCAAGUCCUACCGCUCAGAGACAAUUGCACUACAAUGUUUGCUGAUUGUUUUAGUUGAUCUGAUGUAAACCAUUCCCAUGAUUUGAAGAAACGGCACGGUAAAAGUGUCUUUGUUUGCUUCUGCUUGUAUAUCAUUCCAUGCCGAAGUAUAGGACGAAAAUCCCCUGGUAAACCAUCACUUCAUGCUCCAUUCAUAAGCCAUACAAAAAAGAAGUCGGAAUUAUAGGGAAACAUUUCGAACAUCAUCGGGGGUAAGAAUCACAACAUUUUCAAGGGUACGCAGACUUGAAAGGCAAGCCUUGAAAUAUUAUAAGCACAACGGUAUAUAUGAGCAGAUGCGCUAUAUAAACCUCAAAAGAUGCAAAGAGAUAAGUGUGCCUGCCUGCUUUCUAAUUCCUUCACUACUAUAGUAGCUGCUACCACUGCCAAGUCUAUCAUGAGGUUCACAAAACAAUCCCAAAUUUGUCUGGCCUUGCUCUUCGUGUUGGUAGCUUGGCCUUCCAAAUCUGUCGCUCGUACCCUCCAGGAUGUGUCCAUGUAUGAGAGGCACGAGCAAUGGAUGGCUCAGUAUGGACGUGUAUACAAGGAUGACGCUGAGAAGGAGACGCGUUACAACAUAUUCAAGGAAAACGUUGCACGCAUAGAUGCAUUUAACAGCCAAACCGGCAAAUCUUACAAACUCGGUGUCAAUCAAUUUGCCGAUCUGUCAAAUGAAGAAUUUAAAGCUUCACGUAAUAGAUUCAAGGGCCAUAUGUGCUCUCCACAAGCAGGUCCGUUCAGAUAUGAAAACGUUUCUGCGGUGCCAGCUACCAUGGACUGGAGAAAGAAAGGAGCCGUGACCCCCGUCAAGGACCAAGGACAGUGCGGUUGUUGUUGGGCAUUUUCGGCAGUGGCGGCAAUGGAAGGAAUCAAUCAGCUCACAACUGGUAAAUUGAUCUCCCUUUCAGAGCAAGAGGUUGUUGACUGUGACACCAAGGGUGAGGAUCAAGGCUGCAAUGGUGGUUUGAUGGAUGAUGCCUUCAAAUUCAUUGAACAAAACAAGGGCCUAACAACUGAGGCCAACUACCCGUAUACAGGAACAGAUGGAACUUGCAACACUCAAAAAGAAGCCAACCAUGCCGCAAAGAUAACCGGGUUCGAAGAUGUGCCAGCAAACAGCGAAGCUGCACUGAUUAAGGCUGUUGCUAAGCAACCAGUUUCUGUCGCCAUUGAUGCUGGUGGAUUUGAGUUCCAAUUCUACUCGAGUGGCAUCUUUACAGGAAGCUGCGGCACUGAACUAGACCAUGGUGUUACUGCUGUCGGUUAUGGAGGCAGCGAUGGAACAAAGUACUGGCUAGUGAAGAACUCAUGGGGCGCACAAUGGGGUGAAGAAGGAUACAUCCGAAUGCAGAAAGAUAUAUCUGCAAAGGAAGGACUUUGUGGCAUAGCAAUGCAAGCCUCAUAUCCCACUGCUUAAUGCUUCAAAAUCUCAGAAAAUGCCUUGAUUUCCUGUCGAUGAUCUAUAAUGUAUUAUAAUAUGUAUGAUUUCUCUCAGUAAAUUCCACUUUGGUAUCUUAUACCUAAUCAAGAACUCGUAUAAGCCCUUCGAUGCUAGAAAAGAAACGGGUUUGUAUAUGAAAUCUGCUGUUGUUAUAUGUAUCGAACAUUCAUCUUUUAAUUGUCUCACUUUGUUAAAUCUCUAAAAGUUCAAAUUCUCGAACGAAACCAUCCCUUGCAUACCUUUAAACUAGAACUUUUCACAUUGCUCCAAGAUUUUGCACCUUGAGGGGAAAAAAAGAAAAAAAAUAAGCGCAAUCAUAUUCCUCAUCUGCUACUUUCAGACCAGACU